AGUGCUUCACGUCGUCUUCAACGUGAUGACAUAAUUCCGAAAACCUCACUGUCAGCUGUGCCAUUCUCGUUGCUUAGCAAGCGAAGAUAAAGAUAGAUAAGAAUAAAAUAGCUAUUUGUAGGUUUACAUUAUGGACAAGAAUGUCACGCGAUACAAUGUACAACUAUAUAUUUAUGAUUUAUCGAAAGGAAUGGCUCGCAACCUCAGCCCCAUCAUGUUAGGAAAGCAACUGGAUGGUAUAUGGCACACAGCCAUAGUGGCAUACGGAGAUGAGUUCUUCUUUGGAGGGGAGGGGAUCUCCAGCUGUCCUCCGGGUGGGACGAUGCUGGGCCCUCCAGACACAGUGGUUGAGCUGGGCGAGACAGAAGUGUCCGAGGAGAUCUUCAUGGAUUAUCUCUCUUCCCUGGGAGAAAACGCAUACAGAGGUGACCGCUAUCGUCUUUUUGAGCACAACUGCAACACCUUCACCAAUGAGGUGGCUCAGUUUAUGACGGGCAGGUCCAUCCCGUCAUACAUCACCGACCUUCCAUCGGAAGUCCUCUCCACACCGUUUGGCCAGAUACUGCGGCCCAUUCUGGACUCCAUCCACAUCGCCCCUCCAGGGGGUAACGUCAUCAACGGCGGGAGAAACAUGUAAUCUGAGAGAGCAGCAGGGUUACCGAGUGCUCACCAGGUCACUUUUAUAGUAGUCAGGCAGUAAAACUAAUCAUCUUUCUUUAUUCUUACUUUUUUUCUGUAAAUAAGAUACACACUAGCAUUAAAGCUAAGGGCCAUUUGUAAGCUGUAACUGAUAAAUGACUAUAAAAUCCCAAAAAAUCAUCAUAUAAUUUCCUCCAUAAAACCAAGUGGGUGAGAGUUUUUUUCAUGAGGAUUUUUAAAACUCAAUUAACCACAAAGUACUUACAAAACAUGUGUUUAGGGUUAAGCUGGUACUUUCCAACAACAAACAAAUUCUAUAGAAAGUCAAAUUUGCAAUUAAGCUUUUUGGAAGUGAAAUGUAAUUAAAUUUAUUAAGAUUUUUGGUACUGCCAUCCUAUUUAACAAUUCUAUUUUGGCUUCCUGGGAUAUUACAUUUUCAAUACAUGGUUAAUGAGGCCAAAAUAAUUAAUGGUAACAAUAUUAUCCCGUUAUCUACAGUCCAUUAUAGAUCUUCUAAGGAAAACUAAAAUGAUAAUGUAAAAUUGAUCUUCGUUUGUUUCUGUAUUUUUUGCCAAAUGACCCUAACCCUCAAAAUAAGUGUGUACUGAGUGUAAAGAGACUAUAAUAUUUAAUUAUAAUUCAAAGAGGUGCUGGAUUAUUAAGACAAUAUCAUAUUUCUAUUGUUAUAUCAAUAUUUUAAAUUCUAAAUAGUAUGGUUAACUUUAAUGUAUGUCAUGACAAAUCUAAUUUACAUUUCGCAACAAUUUAUACUUUUACUUGUCAAUAUAGGCAUAUUGCACUUUUUACACCACUGCUAUAUCUGAUGGCUGUAAUUUAACCACCUACAACAUUAAAAUACCUCUUGCACAUUUGUGCAUAAUUCAGCUUAUUUAUCGCUUCAGCUUUUGUACUUAGUCACAAGGCACGGAUCAAUUUUGGUGUUGCAAUCUUUAUUUAAUAUAGAAUAGAUUUCUUUGUUUGAUGAGUUACUUAAGUAUUUUUUUCUUUUUUAAAAGAUUACUAAUACAUUAGGUUCCCCCAAAUCUGCAGUAAAAAUUAAUUCAUUUGCUGUUGACUACAAUGUAAUUAAAGUGUGCACUUUUAGAUACUUUUUACAUAUUUGGACGCUCGUUGAUGAAAAAUAAGAACAUGUCAAACAUAAUUCAAUUUUGCACCAAUGUUUUUUUUUUGUUAUUUGCUAACCUGUAGUUAAAUUCCCAUCAGUGAUCCUUUUAAUACCUGUAACAUUUGUCUUAACUGUGUAAUGUGACGUUGUCAUUUCAAUCGUCACAUAAUUUAUUGAUAUGACAUGAACAGGUGAUUGAUGCCUAACUGACCCUCGUGUUACAAGAUUAGACGUAAUGUAAACCAUAUAUAUGUAUAUAUACCUAUAUAUAUAGUGUACAAUCCUGUACAGUUUUCUCUGUCAGGAAAAGGCAAGAAUGUACAAAUGACAUCUUCUCUCUGCUCCAACUGUAAGCGAAGUGCAUCACAGCCCUGUUAUAUGACAUACGUCCUGCCUCUCGGCCUCUCCACAUGGAGAUGCGGAUCAGACAUUUUCUUGUCGCCAUGUGGUUAACACGUUUAGACAACUGCUCAUUCACAGUUUUUAUGUAGAUAAGUAUCAGGGAAAUGUCCUGAUUAUCAUCUUAAAAACCAACCUGCUCCUUUAACAUCCACCAGAGUGUGUUGGAUACACAAUACACCUCUGUGCCUUCAUUCCCCUGCUUGUCUACAGUCACACUGUUGGUAGAUGGCAUAGUUAUCCCAUAGCACAGAUGGUAACUCGCUGUGCAGUCUGCCUUCAAAUCUGCCAGUCAAUUUAUUGUGUGAAGGUCCAAAUUAUUCACAGUGAGGUAUGAGCAGUUGAAAAUAUAUAGAUAUAACCUCUGAAUUGAGAAACUCUCACAGCCUAAAAUCUCAGUGCAUUAAGUACGUCACUCUGCCAUCAGAUGAUCAAUAGAUGACAUGUUUUUCAGGUUUAUCUUGUUAUGACAAUGUUACACACAUGGACCUCACAGGCCUGAGCUGAACAAAGAAUCAAAGCACAGAUAAACAUGAAAUCUCAAAGAAUGACCAAACCAGCAUCACUUCCAUUGUGUUCUGCAAUAAAUGAACCUCACACACAUUUCACUUUUAGAGCAGACACUAUCACAUUUCUCUCAUGUUCCUGCGCCUAAAUAUCGGCUGUGCAAUUUAAAACCGGUUUUUCAAACCCAAUAUUUUUAAGCAUUUUGCUAUUUUGUGUUCAUUUCCCUUUUUAGAGGCUCUGGGGCUCAGGUGAAUCGGGGUUAUGUUAUUUUUAAUGUCUGCUGAACAACAAAGUGACAUGCUAACCCGACCAGUGAAAUGUAUUAUUGCACAAGUCACCCUUUGUUGCUCCAAUAGCUUGUGGCGAUGCUGGCUGCUACAUGUAAUGUGAAUUUGCAAGCUUGUGAUGGAUAGUAAUACCUAUUUAAGUAAGUAAACCUACAGUAGAUAUGUUUAUGCAUAUUGUUUUAUUGUUUUGUGUAUUUUUUUUCUACUUAUAAAGCCGUUGACUGUAAAUUCAACAAUAUCUGAUGUUUUUGGCCAUUUCUAAUGUAAUUUAAUUUAAGGGAUAAAAUAAAACGGUUGGUUAGUUGUGUGCA